UUCAUAUUUCUUUUCGUGCUUCGUUUGUUUCUUGCAGUCUGCAGCUGGCAAGAUGGCAGGAAUUCUUAGGAAUUUAGUUCAGAGACGUAUUAUUUCUCCAACGUAUAUAACGAAAAUGAGAGCUCAUUCAGCACACGAGUCUGACGAGAGCACAAUACUGCUGUGGAAGAGAGUGUUCUACUUCGUAGCACUCCCGGCUUGCGGCUUGUGCAUGCUGAAUGUUUAUUUGAAGCACCAAGAGGAGGCACAACACGAGCGGCCACCGUUCGUUCCGUACGAGCAUUUGAGAAUCAGGAACAAGCGCUUUCCUUGGGGAGACGGAAACCGCACCUUGUUCCACAACCCUCAUGUGAACCCCUUACCUGAUGGCUAUGAAGAUGAUCACUAAAAUUCCCUACGUGGUUCUUCAAGUGUAUUUAGUACUCUAGUGAACAUAAACUACAACUAAAGGAAUUAUUGUAUUGUGUACAAAAUAGUUAUUCAAAGUAAAACUUUCCUUGGAAAUA